AUGUGCAAACGAUGUGUAAGGGAUAGAAUUUUUCAAGGAGGCAUUGAAAUCAAUCCAGGUCCUACAUUGAACUCCAAUAUAAAAAUUAUACAUAAUAAUGUGUGUAGCAUUCUCCCUAAAAUUGACAUUAUAUAUAAUGAACUAUGUGAUUAUGAUAUUGUUGCUAUUACUGAAAGUCAUUUAGACCAAUCUAUAACUGACAAUGAUAUUGAACUUGAAGGAUUUCAGACACCCGUUAGACUUGAUCGUAACAGGUAUGGAGGUGGUGUUAUGAUCUAUGUUAAAAGUGAUCUCAGUUUCAAGAAACGUGAUGAUAUACUUACUUCAAAUAUUGAAAUUAUAUGGAUUGAGAUUGAAAAUGGUAAUCACAAAUUUUUAGUUGGUGUAAUAUAUAGACCACCUAGUGCAAAAGCAGACUUUGUAAACCAACUUGCACUAUCUAUAGAAAGUGCUUUGAAUGCUGAAUUACCAAUAUUUCUGUUGGGCGAUUUUAAUUUUGAUAUGUUAGCUGAUGAAAUAUCACAUAUUGAUGUGAGAACAGAAUCCGAACUACCCCCUCAAGGGCCAGGUCCACCAUAUUCAAUAAACACAAUUCAUAUUACACCCCAAGAAGUGGAGGAUCAAUUACAUAAUAUCAACCCAUCUAAACCCCCAGGACCAGAUGAUAUUUCUCCACAUAUACUGAAAAAUAUCAUUCCGUCUAUCACUGCACCCCUAGCAAAAUUGUUUAAUGCAUCAUUAACCAGCAAACAGCUUCCCCAUAUAUGGAAACUAUCAAAUAUUACACCAGUUUAUAAAAAUAAAGGUAGUCCCGAAGAACCAGGAAACUACAGACCUAUUGCUUUAACUAGUAUUCUCUGUAAGAUUAUGGAAAAAAUUAUUUUCAAACAUCUCCACAACUAUAUGAUGGAUCAUAAUCUUUUAUCCAAGAAUCAGUCUGGAUUCCAACCUGGGGACUCCACCGUAAAUCAGCUUUUAGAAAUAUACAAUACUAUUAUAAGCAAUUUAGACCAAGGCAAAGAUGUAAGAUUUGUUUUCUGUGAUAUAUCAAAAGCAUUUGAUAAGGUCUGGCAUAAGGGGUUAUUAUUUAAGCUUAAGCAGAAUGGUGUUGUCGGAAAUAUAUUGGAUUGGAUUGAAAACUAUCUUACUGAUCGUGAACAAAAAGUAUUAUUAGAAGGGUACUCCUCAGUUAGAGAAAACUCUGAUACACAAGCCCCUGCCGUCUCUUUAAUUAAUGACUUGGAAAAAUUAAACAAUGGUCCAGACAAUGGAUGGCCUAUUUUAGAAUAUGGAAAUGUAGUAUGGGAUAAUUGCACACAAGAACAGAGUAAUCUAUUAGAGAGUGUGCAAAUAGAGGCUGGGCGCAAAAUUAUAGAAAAUGUUACCAUUCACUUCAAUGAUUCAGAAGUGUACCGCGUUGGGGAGAGUGUGGAAGUAAGACUCACAGCAGAUAUAAAUACAACUAACAACGAUGAUUAUGCUGAAGUACAAUUUUACAACAGCGGCGGAACAGGUUGCACUACCUAUCCAAAGAUUUCGGAUUUGAAGAAUAGCAACGGGACAUUAAUAUGCAACACUUAUUGCUAUUAUCAAGGAAACUAUACCCUUUCUGCAUACGUAUAUUAUUCCGGGUCUAAUAAUAAUGCUAGCAAGAUCAUUUAUGCUUGGAAUAAAAUAAAUGAUGAAAUUGUUGUAAAAGACAUUGCUGCAGUUCAUGAACAGGUAUAUCUUUACUUUCCGUCAGCUCAAUACUUUAAUUUUCAUUUCGUUCUUGAUUUUGGAGACAAAAGCAACUACAGGCAUACAUCAGGAUCAUUUCAGAAAGCAUUUUCUGAUUACUUUACGUACUAUUCACUUUCACAUUCCUACGCAGCUCCUGGAGUUUACAACAUCACAUGCAUCUUCUGGAACACAAUGUAUACCCAGACUUAUCAUAAAGUUAUAAGGGUUGAAUACCCAAUUCCAGGUGGAAGCUUAUCUAUCAGCCCUUUGACGGAUUACGUUCCAGUACCAGGUGGGAAUACUGAGCUGACGUUACAUUACUCAUCAGGAGCGCCAAACCCCACAAACGUCAGGUGCAUUUUCCAAUAUGGCGAAGGAGAAGAAACACAAUCAGUUAAUCUUAUAAGUGGCAUAUCGAUUUUGAAGGUUUACUUUUAUAAGUCGGCGGGACAAAAGAAUGUUAUUUUCACCUGCACAAAUGACCUAACUGCUCAAAGUGUUUAUGCAACUAUCUAUGCGGAAUCAUACAGUCUAUCUGAGUUUGACUUUGAGUAUCCCAGUGUAAUCCCCAUGAGCAUGACAUUGGAACGAGUUCAACCGACUGAGGAAUACCGUCAUUAUUAUCGAGCCGUUUCUGUACCUGUAAGUGUAACAUUUACUAUUUCCAUAAAGAGAUUUAAACGAUUUCCACCAGGUUUAACUGUCAAUUGGAAUUUUGGAGAUGGAACACCUGUUGAAACAUUUGUUUUGAAAGCUGAAACAAAAACACACAUAUUUUCAACCAGAAGAGGAACCUUUAGUAUGAGUAUUGAAAUAGGGGUUCCAAAUAAUACCUACACACAUUAUCGGAACAUUACUUUAGGGGUGAUCCAAUUUAGCUGUAAUCAGACAGCGUUUGAUUUCAGGGAUACACAGGUUACCUUUGCAGCUCAUGGGAUUCCUGGUAACGCUACAUACAUAUUUGAUACAGAUUCUGCCUCAGCUUAUUACGUAGAUUCUUCUUCUUUUGCACUCAAUGAGUUCAUGAACCAGUAUACAUAUACGGUAAUGUUCCAGAACUAUGGAUUUUACAUUCCAUCUGUCUAUGGAAAUGAAACUGAAGAAAGAGUAUAUCUUGAGCAACCCUUGAUUGCAGAUUACAAGCUAGAAGAUAGUUUAUACCUUUACAUUCAACAAGAUGCGAUUUUUCUUCCACCCGGACACAUGACAAUCGGUGUACAUACAUUGUCUUUCGACCCCAGACCUUACAUAACCUGCAGUAUGAAUGCGGGGGAUGCAGUUGAUCGCCAUAGUGUUUUCUACAAGACACAAAAUAUAACAAAUACACAGCCUAUCAUCUUUGAGUAUACGUACACAAGCCUUGGAGUACAUACCAUAAUUAUUCACUGUUGGAAUUACAUUGCUGGUAAAACAAUGACAAAAGACUAAAAAAUUACAGUUACGAAUGGUUGUUUUGAUUCUAAGGGAAUAUACGAUCGCCAAUACUCUGUACCAACGAACUCGAUGAAAGUCUAUAAAUCAAGUGAUUUGUACAUUAGAAAUAGAAUGCUUAUUUACUGCGAAAAUGAGAAUCCGAAUUUCCAAUGGUAUGUAUAUGGGGCAAACAACAAAGGGAAAACAAAUACAUCGUAUCCAUAUGAAAAUCCCGUGAAUGACGGAAAGGGUACCCUUCUCAUCAAAAGAGACACACUGCCAGGGGGACAAUAUUAUCUUCUGCUAUAUAUAUUCCUCGGCAACACAUGGAUAUCCGAAUACACCUAUAUUUGGUUCUUCAAUUCUUCUCCCUUUGCAUACAUCAGUGGUGGUGAUUAUGUCAUAAGAUCAGGCAAUUAUCUUUUCGAUGCGCUUAGUGAAUCUCGUAUUGCAAACGGAGAUUUAGGAGAAAAUGAGAACUUGACUUUUACAUUUACCUGUAAAAGACUCAUUCGAGUGGAUCUAGAAGGACCGAAAAUACAACUCAGUGACAAGUCAUCAGGCACGUGCUCUGUUAAAGAGGUGUCAUGUGGUUUUGGUCAGUUGAACUCUUUAAUAUCCGAAUCAUUCGACUAUGCUAUUACGGUAACUGUGGAGGAAGGAUCAUCUCAAAACCAAUUCACGCAAAUUGCAAGAUUUACGAAAGCGGGACCGAUUGAUCUUCAGAUAAACUGCAGCCUGAAUUGUAACGAUAAAGUGUCCGUGUCAUCGAAAUUGGCUUUAACUGCUUGGUGCAGGUCCUGUAAACCAGAACAUGAGGUUCAAUAUGUGUGGACACUGUGGGAAGAUGAAAUUGGAUCGGGCUUGUUUCAACCGGCACAGAUUUUGUCUGUAGUCAACGAAAAUGAUACUAGUAAGCAAAGCUUUGUCUUGCCAAAAUUCUCUUUAACACCUGGAGAAACAUAUCUGGUGACUUUGUAUAUGUCAGUGGUCAACGAAACAGAGAUAAGUGGGCACGUAUACAGGAAGUUACAAACUAAUGCACCACCUACUGGUGGUUCUUGUUCUAUCCAACAGAGAACAGAUUUGCUGGUUGUUCUUCUUAGCGUACAGUGCUCAAAUUGGUUCGAUACAGACGAUGAUAGAAAUGUAUUCACAUACCUUUACGAAACAGUUACAAAAAGAAACUUUUCACACGGAGAGGAAAACGUAGUCAAUUUUCUCUAUGAAGGAAGCGAGAGUAGCAUCUUAGAUGUCCCAAUACAACCGGGGGAUCCAGUUUUCAAUCACAUUGUAACAGUCCGAGUUCGAGUUUUUGACAUCUAUGAGGAUUGUGGAAUAUAUUCCUCAUCCAUAACAGUAAUAGCUAUUGAGCUGUCACUUCAAAACUUUGAAUCAAAAUUCAACAUUUACAGUCUAUCGGGGAACGACAUUCAAACUUCGAAUUUCUUGGGAGCUGUUGCAUCUGGUUUCAAACUAUUUCCCUUUACUGAUGCUACAACGACUGAAGAAGAAGUGAGAGAAGGUGCGGAGUCUAUCCUAAUCGACACGUCUGCAUUGAAGCCUGUGUUUCUUGUUUAUCAGCAAAAAGUUGUGAAAAUUCUGCAACUAGUCCAAAGCGUUGUUACCCCUGGCUGUUCAAAUUCCUCUGACAGAUUCAAAUUAGCAGAUAUGCAACAAAUUUUUAGCACCCUGGAUGCUCUGACUCGCUUUCAACCUUAUUUGUCUUUGGAGGCAGUGAAUAUAACGGUUGAUAUUGUUGACACUGUAAUUGACUGUUUGGAAUUUGGCAACAGAAGAAAUCCACUACCUGCCAACGCAGUGGAAAGUUUAACGGACAUUGCUCAUG